GCUGACGUCACGGCGGCAGCGCGCGGCGCGGGGGAAGCGCGGGUUGCUCGGGCCGCGGCCAUGGGGGCGGCGGCUGCCGAAGCCGACCGGACCCUCUUCGUGGGGAACCUGGACCCCAAAGUCACCGAGGAGCUCAUCUUCGAGCUGUUCCACCAGGCGGGGCCGGUGAUCAAGGUGAAAAUCCCCAAGGACCGCGACGGCAGAGCCAAGCACUUCGCCUUCGUCAACUUCAAACACGAGGAAUCGGUGCCGUACGGGCUGAGCCUGCUGAACGGCAUCAAGCUGUACGGGAGGCCCAUCAACAUCCAGUUCCGAUCAGGGAGCAGCCAUGCCUCUCAGGACGGGCACCCAUCCUGCUCCCCGCACGGAGCGGCCGGCCCCAGCGUGCCUGGCGUGCCAUAUCCCGCAGCCAACUGCAGCAGGUACGAGAGGAGUCCUGACAGCGUGGUAGCAGCAGGGUUCCCGUCGGGGCCGCGGGCCCUGCCGCCGGCCGACAGCCUCCAGCGCCCAGCGGCCAGCAGCGCCCUGCGGCAGCCGCCACCUCCCUUCGGGGCCAAGUACGAGCCGCCCGGCUUCGCCGCGGCCGGGCACCCGCUCGCCCCGCACGCCGCCUUCCACCCGCCAGCGCUGCGCAAGGGCCGGCUGGGCGCACACCCCUACCACGCCGACGGCCGGCACCUCGGCCGCGAGCAGCGCUUCGGCCCGGACUACGGCAGGGGCAGGGACGAACCCGCCUACGACGACAGGCACCGUGACGGCUGGAGCCAUGACUACCGGAGGGAGGGCUACAGAGAGGCCAAGUGGCACCCGCCGCGGCACUGACACCGGCGGGCCGGGCUCUAACGGACUCGAGGGCAAACCCCACGUUUUUACGGAGCACGUGUAUAAAACCCCCUCCCCCAGCCCACCACGUUACCUUUUAAUCUUUGUAAAGCUACAGCACCGCA